AUGGAAAGCAUCAAAAUCCCAUCGAUUUUAGAUCCGCCCGACAACCCGGCAUCAGCGCGGGGAAACCUUGUGACACAAAAGCCAAAGCAGACAAAAAGUCGGAAUGGUUGCAUCACCUGCAAAGCAAAGCGGUUGAAGUGCGACGAAGUCAAGCCAUCAUGUCACCAGUGCGAAAGACGAAAGGUCCAAUGUGGAGGAUACAAGAAAGACUUCAAAUGGCGACCAUUCGAAGAGAUCAACUUGGCUUCUGGGCGGCCUACAGUGACCAAAGCCAAGAAAGCAAACUCUUCGUCUCAUAAAGCUCCGCCUAUCGGCAAUACUGGCCAGACCUUUCCUACUCCUCCAACGACUGAACAAUCAGCAUCACCGAUUCGCAUACAGUCCCAUAAGUUUGAUGGCUCUCGUUCGCCUCCAGACACUCCUUCGCACAGCUCGCCCAUUAGUAUCAAUAGCUUUAUAUCUACUGAAGCACGUUCCCUUGAAGAUCUGCCUGUCACGCGAGAGGAUGUUUCUAUGGCCGAGUGCACCGCGCCUCCCCUUGAAAUUAACGUGUCAUUGUCCGCUGACUCUCCCCCUUUCAAUUUCCUAUCCUUUUUGGAGCCGUUUCAAGAUUCUCUGUCGCUCGCAAACUCACUGGUUCCUGAUGUCAACACUGAUCCUGCUGGACAUAUCGCUUUUGGUGCGGCGCAGCCAGAUCCAGAUGCAUCGAAGUUGAGCUUCUCUCAGCUAUUGGAGGAUGAAAAUGAUGAUAUUGAGGAGAUUAUUCGGAAGUCGGAUCCAGGACUGGGACCUUGGAACUUCACCUUGCCAGACACAGAUUCUUUCACCCUCGGCCCUCCAAGAAUGUUAGACAACCCAUCUCUACCACCGGAAAGUCCAGAAAUGCUCGUGUUGCGGUUUGAUAAGCUCACAUGUGGAAUUUUAUCUAUCAAAGAUGGUGCAUUAGAGAAUCCGUGGCGAACACUCAUUUGGCCGUUAGCAAAAGACACGCCUGCACUUCGCCAUGCCAUCUUUGCUCUGACGGCUUUCCACUCGGGCAAGCAAAGCCCCCAUCUUCGGGUCCAAGGAGCAAAGCACAUGCGCCAGAGUAUAUCUGGUCUAGUUGGACAGAUUCAGAAUAUGAGAGCUGAUGCUGCCCUGGCAACUAGUCUGGCUUUGGCAUUCGCCGAUACCUGGGACCAACACACUAGCACAUGCAUUCAACAUUUGCGAGGCGCAAAAACAUUAAUGUGCCAGGUGAUCGCAGCUGGGAUGCAAGGGGUUGUUAGCGAUGAGGAGCUGGAUCGCAUCCGGUUCCUCUAUAACACAUGGUCAUAUAUGGACGUGAUUGCGCGACUAACUUCUUUGGAUGAGUGCGGUCCUCAGAACUGGGAUUCCUCAAUCUUCGAGCUUCCGAGUGACACAGUCCAUGAUAUUGAUCCGUUGAUGGGCUGUGCAACUACUCUAUAUCCUCUUAUGAGUCGAGUGGCGAAGUUGAUCCAGCAAGUGCGGAAGAGCUCGUCAAACACGGUAUCGGUUGUGGCCCAAGCUAUGGAACUCAAAGCUCUUGUCGAGGAAUGGGAGCCACCGCAAUGGUUUGAGCCACCAGAUGACCCCAAUUCCGAAGUUCAGCAUAGCAUUCAAGUUGCACAUGCCUAUCGCUGUGCUACAUUGCUGUACCUGCAUCAGGCCGUUCCAGAGAUACCCUCUGAGCCGGCUGAUGAAUUAGCAAAGAGGGUCCUAAUCUUGCUUGCCACUGUUCCCUAUACCUCCAGGACUACUAUCAUACAGAUGUUCCCUCUUCUAGCAGCUGGAUCUGAGGUUGACACUGACGAUGACCGAAAAUGGGUCUUGGAUCGAUGGACCACAAUUCAGUCCCGCUUGAUGCUAGGUGGUGUAGACCGCUGUCUGGAGGUGUUGAAGGAAGUCUGGAAGCGCCGCGACGCAAUGAAUGCGAGGAGAGAGCGUGAAAUGACUAGUUCGCGUAGUGGCGAGAGUUUUUCAUCUGGAGACAGGGAGAAAAUGAGCUCAUCAUUACCCACCGAUUUCCGCAAAUACAGUCUCAAUGGUUCCCACAAGGGCCCAACAGGAGGAAGACCAGGGCAGUCUACAUCGAGGUUUGCGCGACGGGGUUCCGCACUCGCGUCGCUUGAAAAUAUUGAAUUUGAAAGAACUGUGCGUGGCAGAUUACACUGGGUGAAUGUCAUGGCUGAGUGGGGAUGGGAAGUUUUCCUUGGUUAG